CUCAAUAACUAGAGUUAUGAUUUGGACUUUGUGCACAUAUUUUUGUGAAGGUAUCUUAUAGGCUGAUCUAGAAAGGUAUUGCAUCUGGGGCAGUUUUGGGUAGAUUUAACUCAAUAGUGUGCAGUGAUAUCCUAAGUUACACAGGUUGAAUUCGAGAUUUUGCAAGUUUACCUAAACUUGUGUACCAUUCAGGGUACUGAUAUAAAAAUGUUUCAACACAGUUGAUAAAACCAGUUGCAACUGUUAUACACAUGAAUAAAUCAUUAAAGGUGAAUAAGACAAUUUGUAACUUCCAAUUACAAAAGCAACCUUUUAACUUAAUACAUGUCUGAAGUUGGUUUAUCUUAUCCUUCUGUAGUAUCAGCAGCAUGAUAACUGUUUGCAAGGUCUUUUUGCAAUUUGACGAUGGACUAUGUCCUUCAGUGUCAAUUUAAAGUGUGUCGAUACUGGAUACAAGCCUGUAGUUUGCAAGUUUGUAAAGCCUGAAGAGAUUGAGGUUAAGGAAAUGUGUUCAUAUAAUUAUUCAGAACUGUGUUUGUCUUCAUACUACACAUUCUGGUGUCAAUAACACUCAUUCUAUUCAUAUAAGGAGUCAAAAUUAUAGUUAAUACAAAGCUUCUUAAUCACAGGAAAGUUUACAAUUCUUAAAAAUGGCGACUUCUUUUGAUAAUGUUCAGAAAAAAUCAGAUUUAGUGAAAGAUUAUGUUUGUAGCGCUUGCGAAAGUACAGAUAUUGAAAAAAGUGCUGAUUAUUUUUGUGAAAAAUGUAUGACGUUUUUUUGCGGAAAUUGCAUCCAUCAACAUGAUCAAUUAUUUAAAAACCAUUCCAAAUAUGGAAGAGAAGAAACAAAUAAAUGGCCUCUCUCAAAGAAAAUGGAGGAUUUGCUUCUGAAAUGUGAUGUCCACCACAAAAAACUGAAAAUGUUUUGCGAGAACCACAGUCAGCUUUGCUGCUCUGAUUGCCUUCCACGGAAUCACAGAGAGUGCAAUUAUGUUGCAAUUUCUGAGGCUCCAAUUUCUGGGUUAUUCGAAAAGCUGUCAUUGGAUAUGCAACAGUUGUCAAUCAAUCUUCGGACUAUUCUUGAUCAACUUAAAAUGUUUGAGAGUACACGAGAGGCCAUCAUUCAGUCCGUGGAGGAAUCAUGUAGUGAAAAACUGCAAGAAAUUCGAGACAUGCGUAAACAAUUAAAUGCUACUUUGGAUAAGCUAGAAAAUGCAACAUUGAAAGAACUGGAUGAAAUAAGGUCCACGCUGCAAGCCUCUCUCAAGAGAGACAUUGAAAACUGUAGCAAACUGAAAGAUGAACUGCAUCAACUGGGUGGAGCUAUAUUUAGCCUGAGUGAAAAGAGCAAGAAAGAAAUUGAGUUCAUAGCCAGCAUGAAAUGUCGGGAAAAAAUACAAGAGUCUGAGACAUAUCUGAAGGAAACCCCUGUGAAAGGUCUGAGUUCAAUACAAUUACAGUCAGACAUUGACAUUGAGAAGUAUCUUUCUAAUAAGUGCGGCCUAGGGAGGAUUGUAGUAAUGAAUCCAAAACAGGUGUUGACAGUGAAAAGGAAGUCCGAGUAUAAUGUGAACACAUCGAGUGACACAGAUUUGUCUUGUUUCAUCACAGGUAUUUGCAGCUUGCAUAACGACCAUUUCAUUGUUGUUGAUAACAAAACUAAAAGAGUUCAGCUUUUUGACCAGCAGUUCAAAGUAGUCAAACACUGUGAUGUGUCUGAUCGCCCAAGGGACAUUUGCCAGAUUACAUCCAGUGAGGUUGCUGUGACUGUUGGAAAUGGUGUGCAGUUAAUCUCUGUAGAUGUGAAAAAGGGGCAUGUUAGGACUGAGAGGAUGUUUCGGUUACCGUAUUGUGCGGUAAGUAUUGCCAACCAUCAGGAAGCGUUGUAUAUCACGUCAGGCACUGCUCUGUACCACUACACCCUGACUGGGACACUUGUGAAAAUGCUUUAUUCGGAUACAGGAGCUGUUGAUAGAGUGUUUAUGUGUGCAAUUAGUCCAGCUGGGGACAGGAUCUAUGUCACCAACACCAACCAGCACAAGCUCAUCACACUGGCAAUGGAUGGCACCCUGAUAUCCGCAUUCACUGACCCCGAACUACAAGAACCUUGGGGUGUUCAUGUUACACCAGCCGGUCAGGUUUUGGUCUGUGGAAGUAAAUCCCAAACUGUCAUACAGGUGAAUCGUCGGGGAAGAAAGAAGCUAGCAACUCUGGUUUCAAAGAAAGAUGGACUUAGAUUCCCAACGUCUAUCUGCGUCAACAAAAAUAUUGACCAGAUCACUGUGGGACAAAACAACAACAAAAUCAUUGUUAUGGAACUCCAAUAAAUCUUUUUGUUAAAUAUAAAUGUAUACAAUGCCAGAUGGGCUAGCUCCAGUAGCUCUACCUGUUGAAUAUAAUAUAUAAAAUCCUCGUUAUCAAAUUGGAGUAUGGCGGGCGGACGAGUGGGCAAUUGGGUGAGCGGUGUAAACACAGGUACUUUCCGGUUAAUAAUUUAAGGUUGCAUUGACCAAUCUUGAUAAAACUUCACAUAAAUCAAGCUCACGUGUUGACAUAGCUUGGGAUUGUACUUGGGUGUGUCUGGUCAAGGCCAAGGUUGUUUUUACUAAAAAACACAACAGUUUGCGCUUCAUAACUUGAAUUUGGAAAGAUACAUUGAACAUAUUUGUUUUGUGUAUGCAGCUUAAAUGAAGACCUAGCUUGGGAUUUAUUUUGGGGCCAGCUGGGUUAAGGUUAAGAAUACUGUUACUUAAAACAACGGUAAUCAGGUGAUUUCCGGUCAAUAAAUUGCGUUGCGUUGACACAUCUUAAGGAAACAGCAAGCUAACAUGGAACAUUUACAUAAAUCGUGUUAGAUAAUGGUCAAGGCCAAUGUGACUAAACGUUAAGAAACUUCAUAACCUCAAUAACCUCAGAUUCGAUAUAGGUAUGUAAAGAUGGAGGUAUUGCACUGAAAUUGUGUGUGUAGGUUGCAGGGCUUAAAUUAAACAGAAUCGCUUACUUUUGCGAGUGGGUUAUUUUGGAAGCUUACAUGCAGACAUAGCUUGUGAUUUCAUUUGGAACCAGUUAGAUCAAUAUCAAUGUUUCACUUAUUGUCACAGUCACAGAAAACUGGUAUCGCCUCUAUAACUUGAGUUUGGAUGGAGGUAUUGUGCAAAAUUGUGUGUAGUUAUCUUUAAUGCUGACCUAGCUUAAGGAUUGCUGAAUUAUUUUAAUGACGUUUAUAUCUUAAACGUUGCAAUCUUAGUAUCGGUAUGAUACCAUGUUUACUUUCCUGCAAUGUUUGUGUAUCGUUAGCUUCCGGAAUAAGUAUGGGUUUGCAAUGGGGCCUGUGGGAUCAAUGCUAAUUUUACUAAAAUAGAAAUACAGUUUUCACAUAAGUUCAGCCUGUUUUUUUAUGUUUGUCAACCGUCAACUUCAUUUAGUAAAACCUACCGAUUCACUAAAACACAAAAACGUGUUUCCAAAAACCAAUCAAUCACACACGAACAAAAGUUCCAUAAAACUUGUGUUAUGUCAAAGCUAAGCCGUAGAAAUUUAAGAAUGAAGGGCAACCACUUACAAAAACGGUUAAAUAACAAUAAUACUUUUGUUUGCAAAUCCAUUUCUCUUCAAAUAAGUUAUAAAAUAUUGAAAGAAAUUUAUAACCGUUAAAUUGUUAUGUUAUCUGAAAUAAGAACCAAUACUCCAAGUGAUAAGGUGCCCUUUCCUGAUACAUUUAAGCUGUUAUCAAACUGUUUUGGCUGACAUAGCCCAAAUCAGUGGCGCAGCUGACGGUUAACAAAAUAAUAAAAUAGAAUGGCCAAACUUGCGUUUCGUUUUUGUUAUUGUUUUGUAAUUUUGUUUUAAUGUAGCUUACGUCCGCACGUUUGGUUGGAUUUCAUUUGGGGCAAAGGUUACAGUUACUUAAAGUAGAAAUAUUGUUUCCUCUCAAAAGCGUUAGUUUGAAUGGAGGUAAUGUGAUGAAAUGUGGUUUAUAUAUAGUGUAUUUGCUUACUUUGCUUGCACAUUUAAUGGAAUGAGUUAGUUUGUAAGCAGACGAAUAUGUAGUUUCUUUGCAUGGUCACAUGUAUUGUUAUACUUUAUAAAGUUUCAUCUUAACGUUUACACAUACUAUGUAACUAAUAAUGUUAUUCAACUGUAUAUAUGUUUUGUGGUCAUUAUAUCAGGUGAGUUUUAUACUCUGUAACUCCAAUAUAACGCUUAAUAUUUGUAAAAUAUUUUUUAUGCCCCCCUUCGAAGAAGAGGGGGUAUAUUGCUUUGCUCAUGUCGGUCUGUCGGUCGGUCUGUCUGUCGGUCCGUCCACCAGGUGGCUUCCGGAUGAUAACUUAAGAACGCUUGGGCCUAGGAUCAUGAAACUUCAUAGGUACAUUGAUCAUGACUCGCAGAUGACCCCUAUUGAUUUUGAGGUCACUAGGUCAAAGGUCAAGGUCACGGUGAUCCAAAAUAGUAAAAUGGUUUCCGGAUGAUAACUCAAGAACGCUUAGGCCUAGAAUCAUGAAACUUAAUAGGUAGAUUGAUCAUGACUCGCAGAUAACCCCUGUUGAUUUUCCGGUCACUAGGUCAAAGAUCAAGGUCACAGUGACCCGAAAUAGUAAAAUGGUUUCCGGAUGAUAACUCAAGAACGCUUAUGCCUAGGAUCAUGAAACUUUGUAGGUAGAUUGAUCAUGACUGGCAGAUGACCCCUAUCGAUUUUCAGGUCACUAGGUCAAAGGUCAAGGUCACAGUGACAAAAAACAUAUUCACACAAUGGCUGUCACUACAACGGAGAGCCCAUAUGGGGGGCAUGCAUGUUUUACAAACAGCCCUUGUUUGCUUUUUGUGUCUUAAAUAUAUUACAUCUUGGAAUUAAAGUGUUUGUUUUGUUAAAUCUGCUUCUAGUUUACUACAAAAAGACUACUGUUUAGUUGCUUCCGGGUACUAUUUGCUCCAAACAUUGACUGAUAUAACAAUUUUAUGUUGAACUUAUAUACGAACAAUAAAUCAGGCAUCAUUAUAUCAAUUUAGUGACAUGGUAAAUGCAUAAAAAAUAACACCGUAUUGAUAAAUGAAUAUUUAUGUAUAUUUACCAGCGGCGGGGGAUGACCGCUAUUUGUAUCACUUUUCUUACAUACAUAUGGACAUUCAUCUGAAACUCGAAAUUGUUCUGCGCGCGUCAUCUAUUUUCUUGAUGCAAAAUCCUAGACCACUUGAGCAGCAUAGACACUUUGACAAAACUAAGUAUGUAAAAACACUCAGUACCUAGACCACUGUGUCGUGAUCAUUUUUAGUAAGACAGUGUAAUUCUAAACAGUAGCAGCCUGCUUGUUUAGUUAAUAAAUUAAGAUGAUUUCCUGUUUCUUGUGUAAUUUAUAAAUUGGCUGUAAGUUGUUGAUCCAUGGUAAAUGUUUUACAAAACAAAAUUGUAAGAUAUCGUUUUGAAAAAAAACUUUAUGCUGCGCUGUAUUAUACUUGUUUUUUGUGCAUGCAUUGAAUAGUUUAUGAUGCAUAAGUCAUUGAUUCCACAGUUUUUUCAGAAGAUAACAUCACUUUAUACGUACAUGCACGUUAAUAUUCUUGUAAGUUAAUGACAGUAUGCUUUAGUAUUUCUUAAUGUGUUACUAUUCUUAUACGUGCAAAUAAGUGAUGUUUAUUGUUUUGUAUCGCCGUACAUUACCAUAUUCCCUUUUUAUAUAUGAACUGAAUAUGCUAACAUCAUUUACAUGCUUCUUCUAGCAAAUAAAUAUAAAUAAGUUCAGAUUACCACUGAUACAUCUAUGUUUGCUUCAUAUGUAAUAAGAAUGUUUAAAUAAAACAUUAUGGAAAAUAAAACAUUAUUUUUGUUUG